AAGUAUUUACAUGUAUACAGAAGUAGAAAAGGUAUGGUAAAUUAUCAGGACAAUAUGCUUAUUUGAAUCGUAACACGGAAACAGGAAAUCCUCAAAUUGUUUCGAAACGCGUAUUUGUAUGAUUUUAAUUACUUUUAUAUGCAAAGCGCAAAAAUAAAGAAAAAUUGUAAUUUCAAAUUCGAAGUUGAUAUAAAGUAUACAAUAUUUACUGAACUAUAUAAAAAAUAAUCUUAAAACUAAGGAAAAUAUAUAGAUAUUUUUAUUACAUUUUUCCAUGUAAUAUUACUGUAAAAUGAUUGUUCAAAAUUAUUCAAUCCUACAAGAUAGUGUAUAUAGUGUAACCGCCAGGACAAGUAUGCUGGCAAAUAUUACAAUAUAUUAUGAAUAAUGAGCAACAAAACAAACUCUGCCAAGAAAAUUGUUUCUACUCGAAGUAACAAAAAUACAGUGGAAACUAACCACCAUUUGCCAGAUACAGAAAUAAUUGUGAAAAUUAAACGUCCAUCAACCAUGGUUAGCAGCAUUCCAACUAGUCAUAAAAGUAUAGAAGAGAAAAAAAGACCUAGCAAUAGUGAUACUUAUCAAAAUUGGAGUAGGCUUUUCAGAGAACAAAAUAAAGCUGUUAUAAAACCAACUGUGAGCUUAUCAGGUUCAAAAUCAUCAAAACAUGAUAGUGAAACUAAAGAAACUAAGAAACAUUUUUCGAAUCAUCAGAAACUAGAUCACAAAUUUUUAGAUGAAAUUCCAGUCAAACAAACUUCUCAGAAAAGAGUAGAGGAACAUGUAAAAUCCACGCCACAUACUACAAAUCCAUCAACUAUAUCAAUACCAAGUACUGUGGAAUCUGUUGUAGUUUAUGAUAAAGGAAUACAAUGUGAUGGAAUAUAUGAUUACUCUGAUGACAAAUUUGGCGUAUUCAAUCCAGUUCGUACAUUAAAUUUUUUAAUAAAGGAGUUAGUACACUUAGUUAAGGAUGAUAAAGCUAAUGAAAUUCUUGCUAAUAUGGAGCAAGCAUUAGUUAGAAUAUCAAUGGAACCCAAUAGAUCCCCUAUUGUGCAGGAUUUAGAAGCUAAAUUAGAAAGAACUAAACAAAUAAACUCGAUUUAUGAAACAAUACGCGAGGAAAGAGAUUCUUUACUACGACAAGUUCAUGAACAACGAUUGUUAUUAAGUAAUGUUCAGGAAAGGCAAUUAGAUCUAGAAACGACUGAAAAAACACAAAAACAAGAAUUAGAAAAGGCAAUAAAAACUAUUCAAGCCAGAGAUAAAACAAUAACUGAAUUAACAGAAAAGAUGAAUGGUUAUGAAUCUUCUCAAAAAAUUGUAGCAGAGUUAAGAAUGAAUUUAGCUGAACAAACAGAACAUGUAAGACGAUUGAAUUCAGAGAUGCAACAUUUAAGACUUGAAAAAGAGAAACUUUCAGUUUUAUCAUCAUACAAAGAUUCAUUAUUAACCGAACACCGUAAUACAAUCAAGGAGUUACAAUGCGUGGCAGACCAAUUAAGUAAUUUAAAAGAUAUUCGUGAAGAAAGUUUAAAUCCACAAAUGUCAUUUGUACAUGAACAACGUCUAUGUUCAUCACGUACUUCUACCUCUUCACAUGAUUCCAAUAUACAUACCUCUUGGCACGAUGUGCCUGAUAUUUCUUUAUCCACGGUGGAUCAUGAUGCGUCCAAACUUAAAAAUGUGCAGGAUUUCUUGCAUAAAUCAAAUAAAAUACCAGUGUUUUCAAAAAUCCAAGACGAAAAUUUGGGAAACAAACAAAUAAAAAAUAUUAAGGAGUCUUCAACUAAAGAUUUAGAGUUCAUUAGCUUACCUGCUGGAGAAUCUUCACUUACCCUUUUACCUUCGUAUAAGGAUUUGGGUUGCACAGAAAUUAAUAAAUCUGUUGAUCAAGAGAAAGAUGAUGCACUAAUGUUUAGUAAUAAAAGAACCGAUAAUUUACACAAUUUUAAAGAUACGAAUAAAAUAUCAUCAGAACAUUUAAAUUUAUCCAUUGAAAAGAACACUAUAAAAGAAUUAGCUAGAAUGACGAAGUCUGUAGAAUCAGAUAAAAAACAAAGUUUGCCUGAUAAUAUAAUAGACUGUAACAUAACAGAACAAUUUCAGAAUAUUGUCCAAGAUAUAAGAAUGCAAAGUCGGAUUCCAGUCAAUGUACCAAGUCCACUGAGGAGUUAUCCUCAUCCUGAAUGGAGCGAUAGUACUUUACCUAGUAUCAGUACUGCUUCAGACUCAGAAUAUAGAGAAAUGUGAUAUAAUUCAAUAAUGUUUAAAUUUAUAUUAAAUAUUUUGAGACAAAAUUUGUCCAAGUAAAUUAUUUUUUAUCCAAGAAAUUGAUUUUAAAAAAUUAAAAUUGAUAUUAUUUGGUAUUCAAAAAAUAAUAUCAAAAAAAGACUUUAAAUACUAGUUGUACAAUAUUGAUUGGAGCUUCAAGGAGCAUAUAAUUUGGAAGAACAUAAUAUGUUGGAAUAUAAUGUGUAGGAAAGUGGAUGUCAUUGAAGAAUAGUUGAAAAUACAACGAAUAGUUUUAAUAAAUAAAAAAAGAUAUUCACUUGUAAUAAACAAUAUGUGUGUUAUUCUUCAUAUUUCCACUUUGCUUAAUACAAAAAAAAAAAAAAUUGCAAGGACGUAAUAUAAAUAUGACAUGAAAAACCAGGUGUAUAUAUAUAUAUAUUUUUUAUCACAUAUGUAUAUAUACAAGUAAAGUAUAAUACUCAUAUUUUGUAAGUCUUAAUAGGAUUAAAAGGGAACAUUUUAGUACACGUAAAACAUUCAUCAAUUUUGCACAAAGACGUCUUUAAGUACAUAUACAUGUUUCCCAUUAAGCGUGUAUAUGUGUACUCUUUCUUUACGAAAAAUUCGAUCUCUUUUUUUUUUUAUGAUUAUUUUCUUUUAUAGGGACCGAGAAACGUUCAUUUGCUAACAACUAUCGUAAUACGAACACAGUCCUAACAUUCGAUGCGUGUAAAAUAAGUUUAAUGUUAUCUUCGAGACGAAAAAGACUGUCUUCGCAUUUGAACGACUUCGAUGAAGAUUGUGAUAAAAUGUGAAAUAUUAAAAAUGUUUAUUUAUACGCGUCUAAUAUUACGAAGGAACUUUCUUCAAUCAAAUUUCAGAAACGGAAUUUUAUCUUAUAUUUUUGUUUUUUCUUUUUUUCGUUUAAAAUUAUGAAAAAUUACAAAUCUGAGAUUUUACAAUUUGCAAUAAUAUUCUCGCGCAAUUUUCCCAUUCUCCUACCAGAUUCAAAAUACACUGAAUUUGAAAACGCUGCAAGACAUUUGCGCAUUCGAAGAAAAUUCCUUCGUAUUUACGCGAUAUUGAAAGAUUAAAGUUCCCUUCGGAUACGUAUACUUUCACGUACAGGUCAGUACGGUUGUCCUUACGACAUAUUCGAGAUAUUUUUAAAAACAUAAACUAUUCCUUAAUGCUUUUUCAAUGGUCUUCGUAAUUAACCUUAGAAACAGUACUUUAAACUCAUAAUACAAAAAUUCUUAUCCUAAGAAGAAUAUAAUCGAAGAUUGACAUUAGUAACAACUCUCGAAUGAAACUUGCGCGAAAAUUCAAGACACCUGAUUAAUAUCUUGAAUAAUAUUUUUUACAGUGAGAGGGAAGUGCAUAGAAUCCACCAUGGUUGUCGUAAUUUUUGUCGACGUACAUAAAUACUUAGGUUCGUAUAUAUUUCAUUAUUUGUCGUACGAAAUUACCAAUAUCUCGGUAAUAAUCUACGAUACAUCACGAAUCACAAAUAUUUCGUUAUUUUUACGUACUGAUAUCGUAAUGACUCUGAGGUAUUACGUACAUUCGUAAUUUAAGAAAAAUCUGCAUUCUUCGAACGAUCAUUCUCGGGAAAUAUAUUUUCAAAUCUUAUUCGAUAUUAUAAACGAAAUUUUUGUUAAUUCCACUUUGUAAUCGAUAAUCCCUGUAGGAGAUCAUGAAAUUAAGUAAUCGACACCGAUUGCCAAUUAAACGAGCAUUGCGACAAUUUCUUCAAAGAGAUUGUAAAAAAAAAAAAACACGAAGAGAGUGAAGAACCGUUUGAAUUUGGCGCUUUCCUAAUUGGCUAUCGGCGCUAUUACCUUGAAGGUUGUCACACGUGCUGUUCGAUAUUCAAACGGUCGAAUAGUUUCGCGCUUUUAAAA